AAAAUCACACUAACGCCACUAAACCAAACAUUCAACAUACUUUUUCUCUCGCUUUACAGUGCUACCUGUCGCCUUCAAUCGCGACUUUUGCACCACUCAACUCUCGCACUACCCUUUCUCUCUCUUCCCGUUGUUUUUUCUUUUUUGGUGUAAAUAAAGGGAUUUAGGGUUUUGUUUUGUUUUCUCUUUCUUCGAUAUGAAUCAACAGCCAGGUCCGGGAGAUAACAAGGAUCCAGAGGAAGCGCCUGUGGCCCAGCCUGUUGAAUCCACUGCCGUUAAGCCGAUCCCCGAGAAACCGGUUGCUGGUGUUGGAGAAGACGAGGUCGUUACUUCGUCGGAGAAGACUGAGGAUUCGACAAUGGAGGAUGAAUCAGUUAAUCCGGCUACCGUGUUUUGUAUUUGGUUGAAACAGCCGAGGUCUAAUUUGCAGUAUAAAAUGAGAGUACCUGAAUUGUGCCGCAAUUUUAGUGCUGUUGCUUGGUGUGGAAAGUUGAAUGCUAUUGCUUGUGCUACUGAAACUUGUGCUAGAAUUCCGAGUUCCAAUGCAAAUCCACCUUUCUGGAUCCCUAUACAAAUUGUGAUCCCUGAGCGUCCUACAGAGUGUGCAGUGUUCAAUGUCACAGCAGAUUCUCCUCGUGAUUCUGUUCAGUUUAUUGAAUGGUCACCUACUUCUUGUCCUCAUGCCUUAUUGAUAGCUAACUUCCAUGGGAGGGUGACUAUCUGGACUCAGGCAUCCCAAGGGCCUGCUCAUCUGGUACGCGAUGCUAGCUUCUGGAAUCGUGAGCAUGACUGGCGGCAAGAUAUAGCUGUUGUUACGAAGUGGUUGUCAGGGGUGUCUCCGUAUAGGUGGCUUUCAUCAAAAUCCAGUAAUCCCGCAAACUCAAAUUCAACUUUUGAGGAAAAAUUUAUUUCUCAACAAUCUCAAAAUUCAGCCAGAUGGCCCAAUUUUCUUUGUGUUUGUUCUGUCUUCUCUUCUGGGUCUGUUCAGCUUCAUUGGUCCCAAUGGCCACCUACUCAGGGUAGUGUUGAACGAAAAUGGUUUUGCACAAGCAAGGGAAUAUUGGGUGCUGGGCCUAGUGGUAUCAUGGCUGCUGAUGCAAUAGUAACAGACAGUGGUGCCCUGCACGUGGCAGGUGUUCCAAUUGUAAACCCGUCUACUGUUGUUGUGUGGGAGGUCACUCCUGGCACUGGAAAUGGAUUUCAAGCAAUUGCAAAGACCAGAACAAGUAAUGGGAUAUCACCUUCAGUUAAUCCACCCAACUGGGCAGGUUUUGCUCCAUUGGCUGCAUAUCUAUUUAGUUGGCAAGAAUAUUUGAUAUCUGAAGCAAAACAAGGGAAAAAGUCAACAGAUCAAGAUUUUAAUGAUGUUGUGUCACUACAUUGCUCGCCAGUUUCAAAUUUCUCAGCAUAUGUGAGCCCCGAGGCUGCAGCACAAUCUGCGGCAACCACUACUUGGGGCUCUGGAGUAACUGCAGUUGCCUUUGAUCCAACUCGUGGUGGUUCUGUAAUUGCUGUUGUUAUUGUUGAGGGACAAUACAUGUCUCCAUAUGAUCCAGAUGAGGGUCCUACAAUCACAGGUUGGAGAGUGCAACGUUGGGAGUCAUCACUUCAGCAGGUUGUUCUCCAUAAUAUAUUUGGGAAUCCUUCUUCCAGUUUUGGUGGGCAGGCACCUAUGCAAACCGUUUGGGUGUCUAAAGUGGAUACAAGCAUACCGCCCACUAAUGACUUUAAGUGUCACCAAGCAGCUGCUGCGGGACCAACUUCUGAUGCUCAAAAAGCAUUUGAUUUGAGUGCUGAGAAGGCUUAUAGAGUUAGUUUUGAUCCUUUUGACCUACCAAGUGAUGUUAGAACCCUUGCUCGAAUUGUUUAUUCUGCACAUGGUGGUGAGAUAGCUAUUUCGUUUCUUCGGGGUGGAGUCCACAUUUUUUCUGGUCCAAAUUUUAUUCCUGUUGAUAACUACCAGAUUAAUGUUGGAUCUGCUAUUGCUGCCCCUGCCUUCUCUUCAACAAGCUGUUGUUCAGCUUCUGUUUGGCAUGACACUAGCAAGGACCGUACCAUGUUGAAGAUAAUUCGCGUUCUUCCUCCUGCUGUUUCAAGUAGUCAGAUAAAGGCUAACUCAUCAACCUGGGAACGUGCUAUUGCUGAGAGGUUUUGGUGGAGUCUUUUGGUUGGAGUUGAUUGGUGGGAUGCCGUUGGCUGUACACAGAGUGCUGCUGAGGAUGGCAUUGUUUCUCUGAACAGUGUGAUUGCUGUCUUAGAUGCGGAUUUUCACUCUCUUCCUUCUAUUCAGCACAGGCAACAGUAUGGACCUAGUCUGGACAGGAUAAAGUGCAGGCUACUGGAAGGUACAAAUGCCCAAGAGGUUAGGGCAAUGGUUCUAGAUAUGCAAGCAAGGUUGUUACUGGAUAUGCUAGGGAAAGGAAUUGAAUCAGCUUUGGCAAAUCCUUCAGCCUUAGUAUCAGAACCAUGGCAGGCAUCUGGCGAGACGUUAUCCAGCAUUGAUCCUGAAUCAAUGGCUGUUGAUCCAGCCCUUGUUCAGAGUAUUCAGGCUUAUGUUGAUGCUGUUCUUGAUCUGGCUUCACAUUUUAUUACACGUCUGCGGCGUUAUGCAAGUUUCUGUCGCACAUUGGCAAGCCAUGCUGUUACAGCAGGUACUGGAAGCAACCACAAUAUGGUAACAAGUACUACUCAAAGUUCAACAUCUCCAGCAACUAGUCAGGCUGGUCAAAGUGGCACCACAAGUUCGACUGGAAGCACACAGAUGCAAGCUUGGGUACAGGGUGCUAUUGCUAAGAUUAGUGGCUCAACUAAUGGAGUCUCCACUUCAACUCCGAACCCCACAAUUGGCCCCUCUUCCUUUAUGCCAAUAAGCAUUAAUACAGGAACUUUUCCUGGAACACCUGCUGUUAGGCUCAUUGGGGAUUGCCAUUUUCUUCAUAGACUAUGCCAACUUCUACUUUUUUGCUUUUUCUUUCGGAGAGCUCUACAACCUCGUUUUGCACAAAGAAAUACUGAUUCAAAUCCACAAAAACCUCAGCCCGGUGCUCCUGGGAAAGUAGAGGAGGUCAAUUCUGCUGCUGCUAAGCCAACAACUAUGACUAGGCCUGAUGAAGCUCAAGGAGCCCGAGGUGGGCAGUUGGUACCUGGAGGUAAAGGUUCUGAGGAUGGUCCUGCUGGAAGAUUAAAGAUAGGUUCUGGGAAUGCUGGUCAAGGAUACACUUUUGAGGAGGUGAAGGUUCUUUUCCUGAUUCUUAUGGAUCUCUGUAGGCGCACCUCUGCUCUAGCACGCCCAUUACCAGUUUCUCAGGUGGGGAGCAGCAGUAUCCAGGUGCGGCUGCAUUAUAUUGACGGAAAUUAUACAGUAUUGCCCGAGGUGGUAGAGGCAUCCCUUGGCCCACAUAUGCAGAAUAUGCCUCGGCCUAGGGGUGCAGAUGCUGCUGGUUUGUUAUUGCGAGAGUUAGAAUUGCACCCCCCAUCGGAGGAGUGGCACAGACGGAAUAUGUUUGGUGGUCCAAGGUCAGAUCAUGAGGAUAUAAGCUCAGAUGAUAGUCCCAGGCUAAGUAAUUCCGUUGACUUACUUGAUAGGAGCACAUUGGAAAGUUCUAGUGUCCAUUAUGGAGCACAAACCCUCUGGCCAAGGAAGCGUCGCUUGUCUGAAAGAGAUGCAGCAUUUGGCUUAAACACUUCUGUUGGUCUGGGUGCAUAUCUUGGUAUAAUGGGAUCUCGACGAGAUGUUGUGACUGCUGUGUGGAAGACUGGUCUUGAAGGUGUUUGGCACAAGUGCAUGAGAUGCUUGCGACAGACUUCAGCUUUCGCUUCUCCUGAUUCAACCAACCAACCUAGUCAAAACAAACGAGUGAAUUGGUGGAUCAGCCAGUGGGCCUAUGGAUGUCCGAUGUGCGGUGGACCUUGGGUUCGAGUCGUGUAGCGGAUGCCUGCUGAAACGUCGAUUCUUUAUCCAGGCUUCAUUUAGGUUCCUCUUUUCUACGUAUGGGUAUGUCUCAGAAGAGAGAGCUUUCGGGUAUAACCCUCCAUGGCUUUAGAAGUUGUUGCAUUUUAAGCGCAAACAUAGAAACAAAUGAUUGGCUCUCAACCCCAGAACCUAUUUCUGUAUAAAAACUUAUUGAUAAAAUGAUUUUAGGUAAUUACUUCUUUAACAUACGGUAAGUAGAACUUUGAUUGCAAGGGGAUGAAGAUUAUGAUAAUAUGCAUAGGUUAAUAGAUUCCCCCGUCUUGAUGAUUUGUGCUUAUUAUAAGGCAACCCAUUGAUUGUAUGAAUGUAUAGCUGUGAAUUGGAAAGUCAAAAGUUGACAUUAUUCUUUUCAAGUCAAUAUCUUGGACUUUUGUUAUUUUA